AUGGACGUGAACAACCUGUUGGAGUCGGCGCUCGCGCCGACGGGGGCUGCGGAGGGCAGCACGAACGUCAGGGCGAUCACGGAGAAGGUUUCGGCUCUGCUCGGGGUCCUGUCGGGGACGCUGGAGCACGAGCGCGCGCUCGAGAACCAGUCCACGAUCUGGAAGGAGCUUUACGAGGCCGAGAAGGCCAAGCGCGCCCAGCUCGAGGACGUACUGGCGGAGGCGCAAGCUGCUGCUGCCAAGGCGACAGCCCAGAACGGCGCGCCCGCGGCCAGACACCACAUCCACGCCGUCGCGUCGGGCACGCAGUUGGCCGCUCGCCGCCCCGUGCUGCAAGGGCACCCCAUUCCGGGCUCGACGGGCGACCUCGCGCACCUGCGGCAGACUCAGGAGCCCGCACGCAGCUCCCGCGAAGGCGGCGUCGUCAUGCGCCUGAACGCCACGCGAGGCAACGGCAGCACCGCUGCCUCCGUCGCGGAGGGCUCCGAGGCGGCGGUGUCGGGGCAGAUGAAGGGCACCCGGAUGUCGAAGUCGGAGUUUGUUCGAGUGGCGUCGGGAUCGUCUUUCAUGUUGACUCACGAGGACGCAGCGCCGCUCUCCGCGGCGCCCCCGCUCAACACGGGUCUCAAGCAGUCCGCCAGCCGCCUCGCGCAGCAGGCGCAGGGGAACGGGUUCCUGCAGGGGGCUCUCACGCCGCCUACGUCGCCGCAGCGUGGGAAGGCGUCGGCGGACGAGGGCAGCGACGAGGACGACGGGCCCGGCGCGGACCUGUCGAUCAUCGACGAGGGCGUCGCGGGGGUCGGCGUGACCGCUGCGGCGGCCCAGGCCAUGGCUGGCGCGCGAGCGUGGGCGUGGCUGGCCUCUGCGUGCGGCGACCAGGCCGGGAGCUGGCAGCACGUCAGGCGGGCGCCGUACCAGCUCUCCGCCGCGGUGCCGUCGAUGCCGGAGCAGAGCCGGCCGCGCUGCGGCACGCGGCGCGAUUCCCACGUGACCGACAGCAGCCGCUCGGUCCCCGGGAGCCAGCACCCCUCGCACAGCAAGGCGGCAUCAAGCAUGAGCGGCCGGGCGUACGGCGCCGCGAACGGCCGCAGCGCCGCGCCGCCGCCCCUGCAGACCUCCCCUGUCGAGGCCCUGGCUGCGCACACGGAGCUCGAGAGCAUCCUGAGCGGGGACCCGCCCCCGGAGGAGGCGUCCCGAGCGCAGCGCGUGUCGCCCGCGCAAUACCCGACGUCGCCGGCGGGCCGCAGCGACGGCGACAACGGCCGCAGUGGGCAUUCGUACCGCAGCGCAGACCUUGUGUUCUCGCGCGGUGCGAACCCUGAGUCAGUCGGGCUGGACAGCUCGAUCUGCGCGGAGGUGGGCGGCGCGGCGAUGCACGCGGAGGACGCGGCGGCGUUCGCGGCGGGCCGCGCGGCGUCGCGGCUGGGGAGCACGUCGCUGGAGCCCGACCACACGCCCGUGGCGACGAUGGCGGCGGAGUGUCUCGCGAAGGAGCGGGAGAGGGAGAGCGCGCAGGCGCAGGUGGCGAGCGAGUCGUCGCGCGGGUCGCUGGGCGCCGGGGCGGGCGCGGCGUGGCGUCCCAGCAUGUCGAUGCGCUGGCUGCAAACGCCGCAGCGCGUGCUGCUGGUGGCGAAGCCCAGCAUGGAGAUCAUGCCGCACGUGCGGAAGAUCCUCGCGCUGCUGUCCCGGAACGGCAUGCAAAUCUUCAUCGAACCGGCCCUGCACGACCGCCUCUCGCGCGAACAGCAUUCGCACCCCCCCCUGCAGCUCCUGCCGUGCGAGGCCGUCCAGACGGCGGAGCGGCUCGAGGAGGUCGUCGCGCGGCACCAGCGCGGCAAGGCCGGGAGCGGCGCGCAGAUCGUCACGUGGCCGCAGGAGCUGUGCAACCACCGCACGCUGCCGUGCGAGAUCGUGCACAACCUGGACCUCGUCGUGACGAUGGGCGGCGACGGGACCGUGCUGUGGACGUGCUCGCUGUUCGGGUCGUUCCCCGUGCCGCCCGUGCUCCCGAUCGCGCUCGGGUCGCUCGGGUUCGUCACCACGUUCAGCGUCGGGGAGGCGCCGGCGGUGGUCGAGCGCGUGCUCAACGGGCCGUUCCCGGUGAUGGUCAGGCACCGCCUCCACGCGCGCAUCCGCCGCGCCGCCCGCACCGCCGGCGACGGCCUCCCCGCGCCCGGCCGCCACGCCCCGACCCCGCCGCCGGACCACGACCCCACCGCCGACGAAGCCGCGGGCCACGUCGCCCUCAACGAAGUCGUCAUCGACCGCGGAAUGUCGGCCUUCCUCUGCUCGCUCACCGUGCGGGCCAACGGCAGCUUCGUGACGCACGUGCAGGGCGACGGGCUCAUCGUGAGCACGCCCACGGGCUCCACGGCGUACAACCUCGCCGCGGGCGGCUGCAUGGUCCACCCGGAGGUCCCCGCGAUUCUAUUCACGCCCAUCUGUCCGCACUCGCUGAGCUUCCGGCCCGUGGUGUUCCCGGACCACGUGUGGCUCACGGUCGAGGUGCCGCGCGAGAGCCGCGCGGAGAUGUGGUGCAGCUUCGACGGCAAGGAUCGGACGAGGCUGGGGCCGGGGGACUCGAUCGACAUCCGUGCGUCGCGGUGGCCGGUGCCGAUGAUCUCCGCGCUCGGGGCGACGGACGACUGGUUCCUGUCCGUGCGCGACGGGCUGCACUGGAACCAGCGGCAGAUGCAGAAGGGGCUCGGGAAGUAG